AUGAAUUGCAUCCAAUCUAAUUACUCUCCAUUAGUCCUUCCCUUCCUAUCAAACUCCAUACAAAAACCUCAAUGGAGGGUAGAAAAAUUGCCUUGGUCUUCUAGCAAAGAACCUAGUCGAAUAGUUAAACGUAGCCAAAAAGCAACAACAAGGACAAGAGCCAUCGAGGAAUCCCUCAUUCUUGGAGUCACUUCUCGAGCUAGACCUGGCGAUGUAUCAGUUCUUCUCCAAACAGGGUUAGUUAGUUACAUCUAUGAACACUACAGUGCAGGUUUGAUUCAAGAAAUUGAGUAUGUAACUAGAGGAUUAUGUUAUGGUUUGCUCACUCUUGUUUUCUUGUGUCACAGUGCUGUACUUCUGUUUAUGUAUGUGAUAGCCAAUUUCGUUUUUCCGGCUUUCAUCACCAAGUACUAUGAAUGGGACGAGAUAAGUGAAGACGCAAAGCCUAGAGAUGAUGUCCCCUCGGAUGAUGAGUGA